AUGAAGACCAGUGGUUUGUUCAUCGCACUUGCUACUGCUGCAUUCGCUCAACAGCACACGCUUUGUGACCAGUAUGGUUAUUAUUCCACCGGCAACUACGAUGUCAACAACAACCUCUGGGGCAAGGAUGCAGGCACUGGCUCUCAGUGCACCUACGUUAAAUCAAUCUCGGACUCGGGUGUCUCCUGGUACACCACUUGGAACUGGUCCGGCGGCAAGGGUAACGUGAAGAGCUACGCCAACUCAGGUUAUAUUGGCAAAAUGCAGAAGUACAUCAGUGACAUCAAAAGCAUUCCCACUUCCGUUGAAUGGAGCUAUGACAACACCGACAUCAAUGCCGACGUCGCGUAUGACCUUUUCACGGCGGCCAACGUUGACCACGAUACCUCCAGUGGUGACUAUGAGCUCAUGAUUUGGUUGGGCAAGUACGGGACCAUUCAGCCCAUCGGUACUCAGAUCGCGACGGCCACUGUUGCAAACGAGAAGUGGGAACUGUGGUAUGGUGUCAAUGGUGCGCAGAAGACCUACAGCUUCGUUGCCUCCAGUCCGAUCACAUCUUGGUCCGGGGAUAUUCAGGAAUUUUUCAACUACCUGACUAAGAAUCAGAAUUAUCCGGGCAGUAGCCAAUACCUUAUUACUAUGCAAUUCGGCACUGAGCCGUUCACUGGCGAGAAGACUACAAUGACUGUUUCGAAUUGGUCUGCGAGUGUUACUUUCUAG